AUGAUGUUGACUCUGAGAAUCAUAAGGAAUGGAGUUCACUUUAGUGAAAGAAGUCAAUUCACCUUAUCGGUUUUUGGCCGUCCCGGUCGUCCUUCUGGAAAGACAAGUGUGCAUUGGUUGUCUGAAAAAGAAAUGCAAUCUGCUCAUGUUCACGUGUUGAUUAACUGCGUUGAAGUUAAACUAUAUCUUGAGGCAUUUAAUACUUAUUAUUUUCAAAGCACGGGUGAACAACCAUCGACAGGUUACACACAUGCCUAUUUUCCAGCAUGGUUCAAGCAACAAUUAUAUUUCAUUGUUGCACCAAGUCCUGAAAUAAUUCAUUUGAGAAGUUUAUCUGAAGGCCCUCAUCAGCGUGCAAAUGAAUGGCACACUUACUUUGUAAACGGAUAUAAAUUCCACACUCAAACAUGGACAUAA